UCAACGUUGCAUCCCGGAAAAACAUGGUUUGUUGUCUGUCAGGAUCACAGUGCUGAGGAAUUCCUUGUAAACACUGAACUUACUUACCUCGAAAUGGGUAACAAUAUUUCUUCUGUCACGCGGAAACGUUUUUUUUUAUAUUAUUAAAUCCCAAACGUAAUCUAUUCCCGCACACCCCGCUUGUUUCGAAGAGCAUAUUAUUAUCACUGUCGGAUGUCUCGUAUGUGUCCACAGCGUCGAUCUUUUGUCAGUACUUUCAACAUGACUAUUGCUUUUAUCAUAUAUUUCCUGUAAAUUAAAUCAGAAAACCGCCAGAUUACGAGCAUUCGAUGUAACGUGCAGACCAAGAUGAAACUGCAGCGCUGGCUGCAUUACUUUGAAAAUGUCGCACACUCCUCCCAUUUGAUUCUUGUUAUUCUACUAAAUAAUCAAUGCCAGAGAUCAAGGUCUCUGACAUCUAGAUUCAAGGCUAACUUGAUCUUAUUGAUUUCUUUUGACUAUUCACUUCAUCUUUCUCAUCCCAAUCAUCACUCCUCUACUCUUAUCUGUCCUGCGGUUAUAUCAGCUCUUUUUUUCCAGUGGCUUUGAAUGCGCUGCUCUCACACAGACUAAUCCCCUCUCUGAUUAUCUAAUAAUGCUCUUUACUUAUCAUGAAAAAGAAUCAGAUGUGGGGUUUUUGAAGACUGAUGGGUGCCAAAAAAAUUUAAAACAGAGGGCAAUGCAAUUUUUAGCAGCGAAUGGAGUAUGAUAAACAUGACCCAUGGCUAGCCUGGAACUGAACAAACACCCCUACUUUACACCCAAGACAGACUUGGCCCACUGAAUAGGUAUGGAAAAGGAGGGCGAAAGCACUUGUGAGCCAGCGACCCCCGUCCUGCGCAUCAGCCAGCUGGAUGCUCUGGAGCUCGACUCAGCCCUGGAGCAGCUGCUGUGGACCCAGUUGUGCCACUGCUUCCAGAAUUUACGCCCGGGCCUCCUCACCCCUCUGGAGCCCGAACUGAAGGCGUUGCUCCAGCUGCUCCUCUGGAGGUUCACUCUGUAUCCCGGCAGCGCCACAGUUGGCCAGUCUUUACUGAGCCUCCGCUACCGCAACAUCUCCACCUCCCCGAACCUCCGCAAGUCUCUGUCCCACAGGCAGAAGUUGGCUCUGCUUCUGCUAACAGUAGGUCCUCGCUGGCUCCAAGAGCGAUCCCACAGCCUCCGACGGUGCCUCGGUUUGACGUCAGGAGCUCCUCUUUCUGACGGAUUCCAAAAGGCACUCCGCAAUUCCCUGGCCGCACUUUCAGGCCUUGCCCGUCUCGCAAGCCUCGUCAACUUUCUUGCGUUUCUCAGAACAGGUUACCACCCGGUCCUGGCUGAAAGGAUGGUUGGCGCUCAAGCGGUUUUUAGCGAGCCGAGCGUGACGCGGGACGUGACGUACCAAUACGUGAAUCGGGAGCUGCUGUGGCACGGCUUUGCCGAGUUCCUCAUUUUCCUGUUGCCACUCAUCAACACGAGCAAAGUGAAAGCUAGCAUCUAUUCCUUUGUGCUCGGGGGGGACCCAAGCGGCGUGGGCGGCGCACGGGACAAAGAGGGGGCGUGGCGAGAGUGCGCGCUUUGUGGCGAGUGGCCGACCAUGCCUCACGCGCUCGGUUGCCCGCAUGUUUUCUGCUACUAUUGUAUCAAAAGUCAGAGCAUUGCCAACAAUUGCGUCCGCUGUCCAAAAUGCGGCACGGAGGCGAGGCGACUGGAGCCCGCCAAAAUCGAGACGCUGCUCAGGCAUUAGAUGGCAGAAUCCCCCAAGGCCGUUUUGUCUUUGAGGAGCAAAUUUUGAGCAGCACCGUCCCUCCCGCCCGGUUAAUCCGAGGGAACUGAUAUAAGCAUUUUAUACUUCAAUCAAAAGAAUUGAAGAAUGAUAUAACUGACGGUAGAAUCGAACGUAGGGAUAUA